AUCAUGAACCGCAUCGGAUCAGGGCGACUCUUGUUCGGAUACAUCUCAAUAUGCUGUUCUUGGUGCUCUAUAAGGUCUGCUUGGCUUCUUCUGACUGAUCGCGUUCAUCGCAAUUUGGGUUGAGUGUUCGCGAAAUUCCCUUGUCUGAUUGCGACCACGAGGCUCAAGUUCGAACACCUUGACCAGCCACACUAUCAUAUUAUUUCCAAAUCUGGCCUCAUACCCAGGACCCUUAUCCAACCAUGGCGAGACGCGGCAAACACGUCGUCUUUGACAUAGUCGGCACCUGCGUCUCCUACGACAACUUCUUCUCCGCCAUCGAAUCCCGCCUCGGCGACCGUCUCCGUGCCGAAGGCAUCAAACCCAAACUCUUCGGCUUCGCAUGGAUGGAAUGCGCCGAGCGUGAAUUCGCCUACCUAGACCUAUCAGGCCGGUACGUGCCCUUCUGGUCCACAUUUCAGCCGCUCUUCCACCGCAUCCUCUGGAUGGCAGGCGUCGAGGACCCGCGCGCCUUUGCCACCGACGACGACGCCCUGUUCAUGGUGCAGGCAUACCGGCAGCUGAAGGCCAGGCCGGGCAUCAAUGAGUGCUGGGAGAAGUUAAGGGAUGCUGGCUUCACGGUUUGGGCGCUGACGACGGGGGAUAAGGAGAGGGUCAAGGGGUAUUUGGAUAGUAAUGGGAUUGAAAUUUCUGAUGAUAAUUUUGUCAGUUGUAAUGAUAUUCCGGUUAGGAAACCGCACCCCGAUAGUUAUAAGUAUUUAUUGGAUAAGUUUGAGGGGGCUGAGGAGACUUGGUUUGCGGCAGCGCAUAUGUGGGAUGCAUCCGCAGCGAAGCACAAUGGAUUCAAAGCGGCUUGGUGUUCGGUGUAUGAGAAGGAGCCGGUGAGCCAGGUGUUUGGCGAUGUGGACGUCACUGCGGACUCGCUUGUGGAAAUGGCGGAGAAGAUAAUUCAGGCUUCGGGGAGGUAGUUGCUUGUCUUUCAUAUUUGUAUAUGAACUGUAUUAGAACUAUACGCGAUGCUUCCUAUGUGAUAGAUUCCGGGGGAAGCUCAUAUCCACC